CUGCGCACACCUGUCGCGCACAGCAGCCGCACCUGUGUAAAACUCAGUCCCACCCCGGGCCGGGCACACACAUCACCUUUCUUUGCCUCACCUGCUCAGUGAACACAGCAGCACGCUCCUACAACUACAACAACAACAACUACUACUGCUGCUGCUGCUUCACCUGUGUCUCUGUCACCUGACAUGCUGGAGCUCCUGGCUUACCUGCAUGGUUCGGAGCUCGUGGCCCGGUUCCAGAGACGAUGCGGACUCAUCCUGGUCGACGCCGCGAAUCACAGUCAAGGGAGCACGCGCUCUCACCUCACCGGAACCCUGGACCAUGCAGACAAAUCACGUGAGAGAAGAUUGGACCGCCAGGAUAGGAAUUCAAAUUAUACACACAAGGGGAACGGAUGUGCUUCUGCAGGCUGCAGCAGGCCGCAGUACGAGGUGAGGAACCUGAUACUGCACUACCUCUUCCUGUUGUCGGCAGGCCUGGGCCACGAAAUCUUCUACAUCACCUGUCUGCCCUGCAUACACUGGAACCUGGACCCGUUCCUGUGCCGACGCCUCGUCAACAUGUGGACAGUGGUAAUGUACAUCGGCCAGGUGACGAAAGAUUUACUGAAGCUGCCUCGUCCUCUCUCGCCCCCUGUGGUCAAGCUGGAGACGCGUGUUGAUGCCGAGUACGGACUGCCCUCCACCCACGCCAUGUCUGCCACAGCGAUCUCCUUCACACUUUUACUGAGCGCUCCGUCCAGGAUACAGUUCCAGUUCGAGGUGGGUCUGCUGAUCGCCGUGACGCUGUCUUCCUUGGUGUGUCUGAGCCGCCUCUACACCGGCAUGCACUCAAUUUUGGAUGUGGUAUGUGGUGCUCUCAUCUCAUUCGUUCUCCUGUAUGUCACCUACCCGUACUGGGAAACUCUCGACCACUUCCAGCUCAGCAGCCCCGUCUCCCCCGUCGUGGCGUUGUUACUGCCCCUGUUCCUCAGCUACACGUACCCGGAGCUGGACCGUUACACCACCACACGAGGGGAUACGACCACCAUACUUGGAGCCGGCGCCGGGUGUUCAAUUGGAUACUGGGUGAACGAGCUGCUGGGGCAGACUUUUGAGCCCCAGGGGGAGUUACCUGUACCUCUACCCACUCUGACAGUAGCUGGACUGCCACUGGGUUUUGCACGCUUCCUCCUGGGCGUCGUAGUGUUACUGGGAACUCGGCAGGUUGUAAAGACAUUGAGCCUGCGGGUGUUGUACUCGUGGUACAGGGUGCCAAAAAAUGACGACGGCGCCAGGAGGAGGAGGGAGAUUGAGGUGCCGUCUAAGUUUGCCACAUACACGUCUGUCGGACUUGUCAACUCUAUACUGGUCAACAGAAUUUUCCUUCUGCUGGGGCUUUGACAAGGAAAUCAAGAAUGUACAGUUUGAAGAUGUGAAACUGCAACCACCUCAUAUUUAUUUACAACGAGAAUCAAAUGAUCUUUUGUUACUUUCUUUUACACAUAACUUUUGCUUGUGAUGAUUCUGUGCUGGCUGAAAGCAAAUUAAAGUUUUGCUCAAAUA